UGACUAUAUAAAACGCGCGGGGUCCCCAAGGCGAGGCAUUCUGUCCCUCGCCGCCCUUCAGUCAACAGCAACAUGCGGCCUCUGAUUGUUCUCCUGGCCCUGGUGGCAGUGACGGCAGCACAGUUCAACCAGCCUCGGUUCGGUGGUUCACGCUUCCUCCGGUUCGAUGAUGAUGAUUUUGAUGAUUUCUUUGAUGAUGACCAUGAUGACUCCCUAGAGGACCUUUACGAGGACCUCUAUGACGAGGAUGCAGAUGACCGGGCGGAGGCGCGGGCCAAGCUGACGAGGCUGAGAGCGUCUGGUGCUAUUACCGGGAACACCUUCAGGAGGAACCGUUUCGUGAAUGCCAGGCACAACACCAGAAGCUUCACCGCACCACGACCUUCCUUCAACACCCAGAGACCCUCAUUCAACACCCAGAGACCAUCCUUCAACACCCAGAGACCAUCCUUCAACACCCAACCAUCUUUCAACACCCAGAGGACCUUCCUUCAACACCCAGAGACCCUCCUUCAACACCCAGCCUUCCUUCAACACCCAGCGACCCGCAAGCACCUUUAACAACAACCUGCAGGGACAAACGCUCCUUCAACACCCUGGGCAGCCCUUCCUCAUUCAUCCAGAAGCGUCCCACAUCUUUCUCCUCGCCCAACAAGUUCUCCCGGCCCAGUUUCUCAUCCGUCAACUCUAUUCCCUCGAGUAAUUUCCGCAAGACCUCCCCAUCGCCCUUCAAGAGUGUUCCUUCGGGAUUCAACUGGCCCGGCGGGAGUGGGUAUUACUUCAGCAUGAGUACGAAUGGUGCAAAGCCAGUCACCUAUUUUAUCAGGUAUGAUGAUGACUAGGUGAUGAACUGGCUGGCUUCUAGGACUGUGAGGUGAGGUACAGUGAUGGUGGAGUGGGUACUGUGUUUUGCUGUGGGUUUUUUUUCUUUUUUUUUUGUUGUUGCCAUUCUCUCUCUCUCUCUCUCUCUCUCUCUCUCUCUCUCUCUCUCUCUCUCUCUCUCUCUCUCUCUCUCCAUGUGCUUGAAAUUUUUGCUGUUUUUUCUUUUUUGUUUCUAAGUCCAAACUAAUUGAUGGUUAAAAAAAAAAAGGUUUAUUUAGAAUUGUGACUUAGAAGUGUGAUUUAAAAAGAAAUAUACAACUACACACACACACACACACACACACACACACACACACACACACACACACACACACACACACACACACACACACACACACACGAGAGAGAGAGAGAUAAGGCAACCCCGUCUGUACGUAUGCAUAAAGUUAACUGCGAAUAUUUAUUAUAUCACACACACACACACACACACACACACACACACACACACACACUCACAGACACUAAUUGGCUGAAAUGCCCGCUGGUCCCCUUGCUGGCCUUCCUAUUGGUGGAUGUAGCAAGUGGCCACAACACACAACUAAAGCUUUAUAUUCUCCACAUGGACUAAUUAUUGCCCUCAAAUUUCCUGCUCCACUAAUAAAAAAAAUCCCUGGAAAAAAGCAUUGCCAGGUCCACUUGCUUAUGGUGAAAAAAACACAAAAAGCUAAGUUCCUGUUUACUGAUUAUGAAGAAAAUUUACUCUGCCAACAAAAAAAAACUAAUGAAUCAUACUUACAAUAAAAAAACCCAACUAUUAAUCAUUCAUUUCAAUUUUCUCUUCAUGUUCUCACAAAAACUACAUUUCUCAAACUUAAUAUGCAUCAAAAUCUCUUUUUUUACUAGUUUUUUACUUACAGAUUAUCUUGGGAAAGUAAAAAAAAAAAAUAUGAGUUUUGCAAAUUCCAUUAAUCUCCCUUUCAGUUGCUUACACAAAUAUCAUAAAUGUACCCACAAUUCUACCCAUACGAGAUCACACGACUUGCAAAAAUUAAACCUUUCCCCAAACGGCCGAAAAAGUUAUUGCCGUCACGAAUUGCUUAGGUUCCCUGCUUAUAAUGAAAUGUAUAAGCCUGAGAUGGAAGCACAAAUUUGAACGAUACACAACUAUGAGUACCACGAGCUAUGUAUUAUCUCCCGCCGUCGGCACCAAAUGACUAUAAUGUUGGCAGUGUUAAUAAAGUCCAGUAUUAUCAUCGUCA